AUGGAAGUUCCUACAGCAAUCCCGACACCGGUCCCUCCCGUUACCUUCCGACCGCCUUUCUUUCAUUGGCACUCCCCGUUCAUCGAGCUCAGGUUCAAGGAAUCACUUAUCAAGUUCGACAUUGGCAGGUCCAGCUGUAAAGUUAGUGGUUUGGAUGGACCAUCGGGCCAGGCCAUGAGCAUCAUUUCUCCUACUGUGCCGAAAGACUCUGAUGGCAGUGACUUCAAUCUCUCGGUGUUCGCCGGGCCUGAGAAGCUCAAAACCACGUUGGACAGUAUCAUACAAGCAAAUAAAGACUCUAUCAUAGAAUCUUUAAAGCAGCAAUACUCUCAACUCAAGGAUAUCAGGGCGGACUGCCUCGAAUGCUCAUUUGCUGCAGUAUCCAAGCAAGGCCACAACGCUUCGUGGAACAUGGACAUCAUACUCAACUUUUCCGGGGCUAUACACUGCGAUCCUCACAGCUGGGUACCUAAGCUUAAUGUCGAAGUCGUAGCGUAUAAGUUCGAUAGAAUCAUAUCGCCAAUACUUGAGAAGGGUGUUGACAAGCUCUGUAAUCUAAGAACUGGAACAGCGCCCUCCACUCAUAGGCUUGAUGACACCGAAAACAUAUAUAUUGGCCAGCAGGCGUACGAUGACCUAAUCGACCAUAUCACCCUUUUGAGUCAGGCUCAUGACAAAUCUAAAACCCUCAAAAGGCAGCUUGAAGAUGGUAUACGAUUCCUUGAUCUAUGUAUCUACCGAGAGGAUGAUGGUGAAUACUACAAUCAGCAUUUCCUCCGUGGACCAAAACUGGAUGAGCUCCUCGAUCAGAUUGGGCAAUUUCUCGAGAAGCAUAGUUCCUCUGAGGAAUUUAUCAUUGUGGAGCUCGCACAAUGCUACUCCCUUCGGGAACAUGUCACCGAAGUAGCCAAAAAGGUCAACAGCAGACUCGCGCGUUGGCUCUACAUGCCAUCAGACGCAGAGGCCCACCCAGGGAGAUAUGAUUUCCAAACUCUCCACGACAAACCCCUAUCAUCCAUCACGGAGGGAAAGCCAAAGGUUCUCUUCGUUAGCAGGGAGGGGGCGUGCACUUUUCCGCAUUCUAUUCUCAAUGUUGAAGAUAAAAGUCUUGAGAACCCAGCAAACGGCAGCCCUCUCUUUCCUAGAUGGUUUACGAAGGUGCCUACGAAUGGAGAGGAGGUUGCCCAUAUUCUCCUGAACACAUUCGAUCCAGAUGCUCGCAUCAAGAACUUGCGACACAGAGCGUACGAGCGCAACGCCGAAGUUAGCCAAGUCCUUGGUCAGAAGGACACCCCUUGGCGGUAUAUGAUGGACUGGUAUACUGAUUGCAAGGGCGUGGAGAAGUCCGAGGACCUUCCAGUCGAGCGUAUCAUCCAGGCGAACAAGUGA